GCCGCUCCGCGCCGCCCGUCUACGAGGAAGGAGGGAGGGAGGGAUGGGCCGGCGGUCGGUCGGUCUGGAUCGACGAGAUGCACGCGUGCUUCCAUGGCGGCGGCGGCGGCAGCGACAGGACCUCACCAAGAACAUGAAGUCCAUGUCGCUCAAGAUGAACGCGGGCGGCGGCGGCGGGGGAAAGGGGUGGAGGGGGAGGAGGACAUGGAGCCGCAGGACAAGGACGUCGCCGCGGCGUCGGCGUCCGCCAAGAUCGCGUCGGAGGAGCGAGAGGGGAAGACGCGCGCGCAGUGCGACCGGUGCCGCUCCGGCCUGGAGUACUCACCCUGCCUCCUCGAUGCGUGCUCUCCCUCCACCAGCAGCGCUUGCGGUCACGCUGCUCCGUCCUCGCCUCUCCUCCUCCCUGCUUCCGACCACCUCGGCAGCCCUGGUCUACAGCCCCUCAUCGUCCUCUGCUCCGGCCGCACCUUCGCUAACCGAAGCCUGUGCAUCCUUGCGUUCUCGUCGUCGUCUGCUUCGAGAACAGCAGUGGAGGGCGCUGGGCACCUACAUGGGGACCAGGAAGAGCUGUCCCCGUCGCCGACAAGGGCGACGCCCCUCACCUGAGCACACGCCCCCGCGAGGCGGAGGCCGAAGAGAGGUGCCGACGGCGCAUACAGAUGGGAGCGUCUGGCAGUGGAUAAGAGAAAGAGGAGGACCGCGGGUUUAAUUAUAGAAAAGUACAAGGGCAUUUUCGCAAAAACGCCGCGACGUACGACAGAAGCCGUCGGUGCUUUAUUAGUAGGGAUAGACUAAAAGGAAAUAGAAGGAGUAUGCAUAACCCAGGAGUUGUCCCGAUCAAAUACGGUUUGUAGCAGCUCUUACCGAAAUUCGAAUUUUAGAGGAGGGGACCACAUUUUACUUCUCUGAAAAA